GACCCUAUGGCAAUGUGGCAUGUCCGGGCGGAGAUUGCUCCUGCAAUUCUACUGGUGGUUGAUUUUGGUGGGUGGUACAAACUGGAUUCAAAAUCUGGAGGCAGCAACUCUUCUCAUAUGAUACAGCACACUCAAGUGUCAUUGCUCAAAGAUGUCAUUGUGCCUUACACACAUUUGCUCCCUACCCUGCACCUGUCAGAAAAUAUGGAUCGCCCCACUCUUCUGUACUUCAAGGGAGCCAAACACAGGCAUCGGGGUGGUUUGGUGCGUGAAAAUUUGUGGGACUUGAUGGAUAAUGAGCCUGAUGUUGUCAUGGAGGAAGGUUUUCCUAAUGCCAUAGGAAGUGAACAGUCAAUAAAAGGGAUGCGGACAUCAGAACUCUGCUUGCACCCAGCUGGUGACACCCCAAGUUCAUGUCGUCUAUUUGACGCUGUUGCAAGUCUUUGCAUACCAGUCAUUGUCAGCGAUGACAUUGAGCUUCCUUUCAAAGGGAUGAUUGACUACACAGAGUUCUCCAUUUUUGUGUCAGUCGGUAACGCAAUGAGACCCAAAUGGCUAACAAACUACCUAAGGAAUAUCUCCAAGCAGCAGAAGGAUGAUUUGAGAAGAAACCUUGCCCGAGUCCGGCACAUCUUUGAGUACGAAAACAGUCAGCACGAUAGCUGGGACUCCGCCCCAGAAAAUGGUGCUAUGAACCAUAUAUGGAAGAAGAUUCAUCAGAAGUUGCCGAUGAUUCAAGAAGCAGUCACCCGGGAGAAGCGGAAGCCAGAAGGCGCAUCGAUCCCACUUUGGUGCCAUUGUACAUGACUGCCUCCCUUAGUCACU